ACCACCGCACCGCAAUGCACGCCACCCGAGGCUGUCGCUUCGCGUUCGUCGCCGCGCUUGCCGCGUGUGUUUUAACCACCAUCUCCAGCGCCACAACUACUCUGAUGGAUUCUACACAUAGUGUGAGUGCCGCCGAUGAUGGCGACGUCGAUCUGCGCCAGCAGCUGCGUACGCUCGGACGACAAGUCACAGUGCUUCUGGAGCGCCGUCGUGAAGACUUGCAGAGCAUCGAGGAGCACAUGAGGCGGAAACUUAUUAAAAGUCAGGAACUUGUUGAUGUCCGCGAGGAGAUUCGCAGCUUACGAUUGGACAUCGAGCAACUGCGAACCGGGCACAAGGCCCAUCACGCCCCGCACGCCGCCUCCUCGAUGGGAAAUCAAGAAAAGAACGAUCAUCUCACUGUGAAAUGGCUCUCGAAUGCCAUGCAGGAAGUGCGGACUGAAAUGGCCGAGAUCCAAACAACGAUCAACUCCACCGCCAUCUUGGUGGAACGCGAACGCGUUGAUGGUCAACUCGCCCUGCUCAAAACCGACAUCACCGAUCUCAAUAAAGCGCUGGAGGUUAGCCGGAGUCAGAACGCCAAGUACGAGGCGCAGAUACUCGAGAUGCGUGAGGAGAUGGCGUCGUUCAAGGACCACUCGAAGGCGACAGCUGUCGCAUGCGCCAAGACAAAGAAUCAGCUGAAAGCCGCACAAAUGGAAUGGUCGUACAAUUGGAAGAAGUUGCGGCCCAUCAGCGGAAUUGAAAACCGUAGCCGACGGCACUCCGUCGAUCCGGAAGACAACCAAAGUCACUCACGCCACCAGCGCAUCCUUAAAAUGCACAUUGUCGAACUGGAAAAAACAACGCGCAGUCUACAAGCGAAGAACACGAAUCUCGAGAGUCAAAUCCACCAACUGCAAACGCAAAUCUCCGAAUUACGCCCGCCGAUGCAACCCGAAGACGACGUCUAUGACAGAAUCAACGGCAACGAGGUGGAAAACUAUCUCAAGCAGCACAAAAUCAAUGAAAUCAAAACCGAAGGCGUUCAGAUGCUGGACGUCGAACGCCAGCAGAGCAUCAAUACGAAGGCGAUCGGCAAUCUGACCGAGCAAUUCGCCAACUUCGACAAGCUGCACUCGUCCGUGCUGGAACUACUCGAGAACGUGGAGAGCAUCGAGGAUCGCGUCGAUAAGCUCAUGCCCGAGUUCCGCAAGGAGAUAUCGAAAUUAGAAUUUCAGGCGGCGGAUGGCAGCUCCAAGCUGGCGGCGCUCAAAGAGGACGCCGCCAACAUUCGCGCCUCUGUGAAGGCGAUUAGUGUCAGCGUGUCGAAUCUCCAGGAUAAAACCGAUGCGGAUGCCAAGCGUCUCAUGGACAUUUCAGCGGACGUCGACAAUUUGAAGAAGUCUUCCCUGGUACAGACUUCUAAACUACACGAUCAUAUUUUAAAGAGUGAAUCUUUGACAGCUGAUGCAAACGCAACCAAAACAACGAUCCACCUCGUCCAGGAACUGAAAUCUUUCGAGAAUGAGUAUAAAAGUAUCGUGAACAAGCUGCCGCACGACUGUAACGCCGUAGCGGGUCCCACCGGUGUGUACCUCAUCUCCCCCGGGGACGGCGAACCGAUCCUCGCGCACUGCAGCGAUGGAUGGACGACCAUCCAGAAGCGCUACGAUGGUUCGGUGAACUUCAACCGCAACUGGAACGACUACAGCAACGGUUUCGGCUCGGCGACCGGUGAACACUGGCUGGGUAAUCGGAAUCUCCACCACCUUACCGCCAGCAAUUGCACCAGUCUACAGAUCAACAUGAAGGACAUCUACGGUAAAUACUGGCAGGCAAACUACGAGGAUUUCCGUGUCGCUGACUUCGAGCAUGGAUUCAGACUACAUGUUGGAGGAUAUCGUGGGAAUGCGAGUGAUGCGUUGGAUUAUCAAAACAAAAUGGAGUUUUCAACCGUUGAUAAUGAUCGGGAUAUAAGUAAUACGCAUUGUGCGAGUAACUACGAAGGUGGCUGGUGGUUCUCGCAUUGUCAGCAUGCAAAUCUCAACGGGAGGUAUAAUCUGGGACUCACCUGGAUGGAUAGUUCGAGGAAUGAGUGGAUUGCUGUCGCUACAAGUGAGAUGCGGCUGAGAAAACGCGAAGUUUGUUAGUGUAAACAUAUUUUAAGCACGGAAGAAGAAAAAGAAAUGACCCUCAGCCAGUAGGAACCAAAGAUGCAGCUAGUUCAUUGUUUGUUAUUCUAGUUAGUAAAACGUAAUAUGCGUGGUAUCGAUUUUUGUUUUCGAACGUCCCAAGUCUGUAAAUAUAAUGAUAAUUUACUAAUUUAUUCAUCGGCGUCACUAAACAUAAAUGUCAUAUUUGAUUAUCGAUUCGAGCGCGUAAUGAGAUUACGCGCGUUCGCCACCAAUUCAUUUUCUGUCAUUCAUCAGCGCCAUCGCAAAACUGCCAUAUCAUCUAAUUGUAUUAAUUGACGUUGACGGCGUGUAUAGGUGUAAGAUGUAAGAAGGAAAACAAAGCGUCUGUACAUAUUUAUUGUUUAAUUGUUAGUCCCGCUCGGAAUAUCGAUGAAGCAGCGUUGCGUUUGUUCUGAGUUUAACUUUAGAUACUCUAAUGCGUUCCAGCUUACAAGUCAGUUAUAAUUUUGUACAUAAGUAAGUGGAUAUUAUACAGUUUACCUUUGUACGUACCAAUGAUGCAUUCAGUACUUAUUUUAAUAAUAAAAUGUUCAAUUGAUUAA